CAAGACACUCGGUCAUCUGGCAGCAACAGUGAAAACUAUUUUCGCUCUAAACUUGGGUGUUAUUCCACCGAUGGGGCCACUGCUGUUCUACUAUAGUUCAGUGUUCCUUACUCUUGUAUAAAAUUUAGCCUAACUCAAGUAGCUGAAAACGUAUGUAUUUUCGCACUACGAAUGCAUUACUUUGUUUAAAGUACGAUUGUACAGAAUUCUUGUUUUAUUACAUAUUGUGAAAACAAAGUGAAUUUAUCUACGUGUAAUGUUGAGUAAUAUUUUGUUAACGUAAGUGAAGCGUCGUUCGACAAGAAUUUUUGUUCAAUUGGAAGGAACAUUUUACUGUUUCGAUUACGUAUCAAAACACGAUAAAAACGUAUGAAUAAUAAAAUAUUACGAUAAAGAAAAUAGUAUCGAUUAUCGUUUUAAUUGUACUUGUGAAGUAAAACAAUGUUGAAACGUAAAUUUGACGAGUUGGAAUCUGGUGCAACUAAUAAGUUGCCAAUAAAGAAUUCGUUAGAUUCAGACGAAGAAGACGAUGAAACUAACGAAGAUAAUUAUAAUGUAAUGAACGAGGACGAUUUGGAAGGUGUCGAAGAUGGGCCAACUGCUCCAGAAACAAAUGUGGGUUUUACUGCAUUUAAUAUGAAAGAAGAAUUAGAAGAAGGACAUUUUGAUAAGGAGGGCCAUUAUCUUUGGAACAAAGAGAAAGAAAUUAGAGAUAAUUGGUUAGACAACAUUGAUUGGAUGCAGAUCAAACCGAGUUCCACAGCAAGUGUAAAGAAGAAAACUGAAAGCAGUAAAAUACAAGGACUGGCGGAUAGCGAUAGCGACGACGAUGAUCCAGAUAUUAUGUUCGAUCCAACUCAGCUCUAUAAACAGAUAUUGGAAUAUCUACGACCCGGAGAAACAGUUUCCAAAGCUUUAUGUAGGUUGGGUAAAGGAAAGAAAAGAUUAACUACAUUAGAAAGAUGGAAGAGGAAGAAAGAGAAAAAAGAAGUAGACGACGAUGAAACUUCUACUAGUAUCACAAAAUUAACAGAAUUAGCAAAUGAAUUGUUGACGCGUACUGGAAAUAUGGAUAUAUAUCAAGAAAGUUACGAUCAAAUCAAGAAGAAGAUCGAGAAGGGUGAAAAACAUGCCCACCCCUCGAAACAGGAGGCGGAGUUAGAUAUGUACGCGGAUGACUUUGACGAAAAAGAAAAAGCAAAAUUGGACGAAAGCGAAAGCGGUGUUAAAAAAACAACAGAUUCUGACAAAGAUGACGACGAAGACGAUGAAGUGACUUGGGAAUUCAAAUGGUCGCAAGACGAGAACGCGGAAAUUCACGGACCACACACAACUCGGCAAAUGCAGGCGUGGUCGAAAGAGGGAUACUUUAAAAAUGGAGCAUGGGUGCGAAGAACCGGGGAAAAUAAUCAAUUUUAUAAUGCAACGCGCGUGGACUUCGAACUGUAUCUGUGAUAUAUUUUAAUGUAACAUAGCCGUCUAAUAACAAGAAUUAGAAUUGUAAUAUUUUGAAAAUACUGUUGUAAAUCGUGGUACCACACUGUUAAAGUAAUACUUCUAUACAGUUCUCGACACGGCCGAAAGCAAUAUUCAGCUCGGCAGUAUUUAACCUAACGAUGUGUCAAAUAUGUACCAUACCGUUAUAAAGUUCAACUCAGAAGCACCCAGAGUUACCACAAUGUAACAACCUAAAAAAGAAACAACUUCCCUUCUCUGUGUUUAAAGAAGAGUAUACCAUCAGUAGUAAUACUGAUUGACAGUUCAUUCCACAUUGAAUCCAUGAAGCGGAGUGUGUCCAUUCUUAAUACAUAUCGUACGAAUAAAAGUAUUUGUGAAAUAAA